AUGGUCCAGAUGGACGAGGGCCGCGAGCGGGCUUACGGGCAGAUGCUUGAGGUGGUAAAGGCCGUCCUGGCAGGGCAGAUGCAGGCAUCGAAUGCUGCGGAGCUCUUGUCGCCAAUCGCGUCGAAGGAGUCGCUGCAGCAAGUCCUCGUGGAUGUCCUGUGGCUCGCCGGCUUUGCCACGACAGAGGCACCCUCGGGCAGAGAAGCCCGAGAGGAGUUCAGCAACUUCUGCUCCAUCCUGGAGAGGGAGGGCGUCAUCUCCAAGCCGCUCCUAGCCUCGGCGCUUGAGACAGAGACGGUGCCCCCAUCGGUGUGCAACAUCACCAUCCUCCGGAAGAAGCAGAACCAGGCCAAGACCAAAGCUCGGUACACGGUGGCGAGGUUCAACCUUCUGCGAGAGCACAAUGAGGGCUACGCCAGGUUGAUGAUGCACAUCGAUCGGCUCCUGCACCUGGAGCUGGAUGUCGAAGGCACGGGCGACCAGCUCACAAAGACGCGCGAGAGCGUGAUCGAUGACAUCAUGCUGCUGAUGGGCUACAGCUACCUCUGUCCCAACAGGAUCAUCGCGAUGGCGAUCGACAUCUACGAGCGGAUCAUCAUCGAGGAGGAGGAGCCAAGUCAGAAGCCUCACGCCAUCCUGGCGCUGCUCCGCCGCUUCAGCCGGGACCGGAUCUCCAAGGUCGCCUCGUUCCUGCUUCAUCCCGGGCAGCCGCCGGCGGCCGCAGGCAAAGACGCCAAGGGGCCGGAGCCCAAUGUCAGGGCGUCACAGUUCCUGGCGACUGCUUCCCUGAUCUCUCUGAACCUCGUUGAUCUGCGGAUGGUCUGGUCCUACCUGGAGCCCAGCGAGAAGAAGAUCCAUGAGGCGUGGUCUCACUUGAACUUCAGGUAUGAGGCCAAGCUGAAAACAGUGAGCGUCGUGGACCUCAGCGGCAAGCAGAAUCUUGCGCGGGACAGGCGCUACUUCAAUGGCUGCGCCAAGAACUUCAACCACAUGCUCAACCAGAAGAUAAGGCUCGUGGAGGCGAUGAUCAGCAUCAAUGACUGGCGCAAUGCCUGCGUGAUGCUGACGCAGCUCCGCAGGAUCUGCCGGCCCUGCAUGAACCACUACAUUCGACAAGCUCUGUGCGACCUGCUCAAGUGGAUUAUUGAGCCGCUCCUUCCGAAGCAGCAUGGUGUACCCGGCCAGAAGAAGGACGUGCGGCGGUUUGCUUGGGGUCUCGCAAUGUUGCCUGCAGGUGAAGGACCCGUUCAGGGACACCUCCGGCAGGCGGCAGAUCUGCAAGACUUUGCCCCGGCCUGCAAGCAGGUUUUAGAUCACCUGGAAUACUACAUGCACACGGACAACAUCUUGCUGACUCGCAUGUGGCAGGUCCUUGGCUUGUCACUGAAGGAGGCUCCUGAAGGCAGCAACACCGCCAUGGCCGCGGCAUCUGCGAACAGCGCAGCCCCAUCCAACCGGAUCCUUGACGACCGGCUUGUAGCCAUCAUCUACAAGCACCUGCUGCCGGCCAUCUCCAUAGCGAAGCCGAACCCCUUCGUGAGCAGCGUGGCGUGGAAUGUGCUGAAGCAGCUCACAAUCUUCCAGCGCUACAUGAUCUACAGCUGCUGGGAGACACGGUACAGCCAGUUCAUGCUGAAGUACAGCUACGAGGAGGCGAAGUUCGAAGCCAAGAAGAUCCUGAAGCGGGUCGUGUCAAGCGACAAGACAACCGAACGGGAUCGUGAAGACCCCAAUGCCUACAGGCCACAUCCCGUGUUUUGUCAACUCUGCCAGACAAACCCCAUCCCCAUCGUGGAGGUCAUGCUCAAGGACAUUGAGAUUGGAUUCAACGUCAACAUGAUACAGCCCUACGUGGACCUCACGUACCGCUGCUCUGAGCUCAUGACCGACAUCGUCGGCUACGUCCUCACGCGGAAUUGCGAGCGACCAGCCACCGAGACCAAGGUCUUCUUCUCCCCGGCGGACGGCCUCAUCUCACCCUGGCUCAGCAACUUCGCUGACUUCAUCGGCCGCUUCUACAAGAAGCACCCGCAGACGAACCUGGUGGCCAUGCUCCUGGUGCUGGCGAAGCGAAUGAUGCAUGACGUGCCGGAGUCCACGGGCAGAUAUUCUGCAAAGAAGUUCAAGGGUGAGUCGCUCAUCCGGGUGGUCUUGGAGAAGCUCAUGGAGCACAUGGGCGGCCUCAUUGUGGUGAAGGAUUUCACGAUGGAGCAGCUCACCUGCUUGGCUGGGGGACCGCGGUUACGUCUGGAGUCCGUGUCCAUUGGCUCACGUCCAGAUCCUCAGCGCAAGGAAAAGACAAAGAAGGCACUCCUGGACACGAUGGUGGAACUCGGCCUGGCCCCUGCGUUGUGGGACUGCCUCAGCCGGCAGAGGCUGUACUUCAUGUCGGAAGGUUUUUCAGAGGUCCACAGCGACGAAGGGUCGCUGAAGAUCCUCUGCAAGCUUCUCGACGGGAACAUGGAAUGCUUCCUCAGCCUCGUGGACUUCCUGUCCCAGGCAUCUCCACGCGAGAAGUACAUCAAGCUCAUGCCAGCCCUCCAGCAGCUCUUCGGCGUGCUAGAACCCAACGUGGCCUAUGCGGCGCUAAGGCCGGGGCUGACCCCCUUCGCGCGCGGGAAGGCGCCCAUUCCGAAGACGGAGGGAAAGGUCACCAUGGUGGCCACACCCGAAGAGACGGACUUGCAGAAGCAGCUGAUGGGCAUCGCGUUCAAGUGCCUGCCAAAGGCGAUUGAGGAGGAGGGCCUCUCCAUGGACUUUUACGUGACUUUCUGGCGGCUGUCUUUGCAGGACAUCUUCGUGCCCACUGAGGGCUACGAGAAAGUCUUGGCGAGGAUGACGCAAGGCCAGAAGUCCCUGGAGGAGGCAAAAGUCAAGCUGGAUCGGAAGUAUAACAUCGACACCCACAGCCGAGAGUACAAGAACGUGCAACGGAACCUCACGCGACAGAAGGAAGCCUACGACAAGGUCAAGGAGGAGCAGCUGAUGCAGAAGCUGAACUUUGAGAAGGUCUUGGCACGACUGGAGCAGGAGAAGUCCUCGUGGUUCCUGAAGCAUUGCCCAGAAGCCACGCAGACCAUGGUGGCCGAGAUGAUCCUCCCCCGAGCCCUGACGUCCUACGCAGAUGCCCUCUUCUGCUGCAAGUUCGCGCGGCUUCUGAUUCGGAUGAAGACGCCGGGGUUUCUGGUGCUGGACUUUUACAACAGCUGGACCGUCAUGCUCACCAUGAACCUCCGGAGCUGCACCGAAGUUGAGGCCCAAAUUUGCGGCCACUUCCUCAACGAGAUGAUGUCCUACAUCUGCAGCUUGCGGAAGAGCGAGAAGGCCUUCGAGGCCGAGAUGAAGGAGAACCCUUGCUUCCACCGGACACCCGAGUUUGCCAAGCACACCGACAUCGUGAGAGGCAAGUCAUGCGAGACCUAUCCGAUCGUGGAGAAGUACGCCAGGACGGUGCUGCAGUGUGUGGAGAACGUUCGGGAAAGAGAGAAGGCCAGCGACCUGAAGACGCUGGCAGCCUCGCUCGCCACGAAGCUCAAAGCUCAGAGCAAGAACUGGAUCAAGACCGAGAGCAAGGAGGCUCCGAAGGCGGCGGCCAAGGCCAAAGAGGCCCCCAAGGCCAAAGCCGGCAAAGAGGCACCCAAAGAGACGACCUCCAAGGACGGAGAAGCAAAGAAGGAGGUGGCAAAGACGAAGGAGGCACCCAAAGCGAAGGAAGCCACAAAGGACAGCGCGCCGUCCGCCCCAAAAGCAAAGAAGGAGUCUAGGGAUGCAAAAGAGACGAAGCCCAAGGAGGAGCGCGAGCACAAACGAAGGCCGGAUGCUGUGCGGUCUUCAAAUGGUGGAGGUGCAGGGGUGGAGGAGCGCCCAGAGAAGCGGGCGCGAAGGGAGGAGGAUGCCACGAAGCGGCGGGAUGACGACGUCGUCGUGAUCGCGUCGCCAUCCCACCGGCCUGUCCACAGGAGUGCAGGCAGCAGCGCGCGGAACUCCCUGUCCGUGCAGCCGUCCGGAGGCGAUCGCGAAGGGCGCAGCAGCAGAAGCGUGGUGAGCAGCGGCGGAUAUGAACCGUACUCCCGACGUUCUGGCGCCCAGCAUGGCCCCGCCAGGCACGAACGGCGGAGGUGA